AUGUUUUGUUGCCAUUGUGACGAGGAAUAUAGAUGGGAUGUCGAGAAAAAGGAGUGCCGCAUUUUUGUAUGCCGCGUUGCCGCUGGUGGUGACGCAUGCGUCCCAUCUAAACUCGCUCGAUCCGAACUCGUUGUCGAUUACACCAAUGCUGAUCAGGCCAUGAUACAUGAAGCCUCUGGGGGAUUGGACCACAUGACCCUGGAGCACUUCCUCACUCACACUGCAAGCCUCGGAGAUACGGACCCCGAGGCUCUGACUGCGAAGUUUUCCGAGCACGAUGUGAACAACGACGGUAUCAUCACCGUUGACGAAAUGAGGCUCAAGUGA